AUGACCUCAUCCGCUGAGGAGGGGAUUUUCGAGGCCAGUUUCUCAAGGCGCUCAUCAGUGAUUUCAAAGACCCCCGAUGUCGCUACAGAUAAACAAUCCUGCCCAUCUCAUGUUCAACUUGCUGAUGGCACUUCAUUGACACAUGCUGAAUUCGCCUCCCUUGCAGAUGAAGAAAUAUGCGCCGACACCCAAGAUGGCGAUAUAGAAACAACAGCUCCUGCAUUGGUCACUGAAGCACACAGCACUACUGUGAGCAAGGAUCCAAAUCCUGCCUCUGAAGUUCAAUCAAAUGACCCCAAUGGUGGGACUUCAGCUACUCCUACUGAGUUGCACACAGGACAUGGAAGCAAGGAUCAUGGUAAGGAUACUUCAGCUGCCUGUGCUGAGUCACACAGUGCAGAGGAUGGCGGAAAUAAUUCUGCUAUUCCUGCUACUGGCUGCCCAUUGACUGGGCUGCCAACCAAGAGCUGCGCAAGAAAGCACAACAAGCUACUGUUGAUGCCUGCUGCAAACAAUGGUGAUGACAAUGAUGGUUCCCCUGCAAGCAACCCCCCGUCUCCAUCUCGGUUGACGGCCAGACAAAAGCAAAAGUCCAGGGUGAUGGUGGACGUCAAUGAACACAACGACAGCGAAGACGAGGACGAUAAAGACUCUGUGAAGAUCAAAGGGAGAAUACCUCAAGCAGGUAUCUUGAAGGCACAGGAGCUUGGAAAGAAUACAAUGGAAGCCGCCAGAGCAAUCAGAAAAUAA